AAAAGUAAGAAGAAGAAUAACAAAACAAGGAAAAGCGCGCGGAAAACACAGAAGUUUGGGCAUUUUCGGCUGUAUCGGCACGUUCACGGGUAAUAAAUUAAUUAUAUUUUUGUGAUGCUUUGUAGCAAAAUGUCGGGAGAUAGAUCACCUUUAAGAAAAAGUACGGCCGGUUGCAGUCUUAAUUCUUCUGCGUCUUCGAUUGUUUCAUUUCAUGGUUCGUGGGCACAGGAAAUGCGCAAUGCUGAAAAGGACGGUUCUGGGCGUAAGUCUCUCGAUAGCAGCGCCGAAUUACCUUGUAAUAAUAGCCUUGGAAAUUCGUCAAACGACGUGAUACAGAAUCAAGAAAGUAUGGAUUCGAAACCUGCAACAUCUCAAGAUCGUGAAAUAUCGUUGAAAUUUAUCGAAGGCGUCAAUGAAGAGAAGUUUGAGCGUUUAUUGAAAGAGGACAAGCUUAAAACACCUUUCAAGCGUCGCUACUCGCAAACACCUAGUAAUGAUAGUCGCUCAGACAGUCCCAAUGAUUCGAAUAGUGAUAAUGGAGGUAGUGAUGAAAAAGGUGUUAACGGCCAUAACACCUUUAAGUGUACAAGCAAUCAGAGCAAAUAUCAAUAUGAUUUACAAAAACGUUUACGUUAUAAUAGUUAUGGAUCUAGCACUUCCAAAGAACAACAAGUGGAGAACGAUCCUGCUAUAUUAGCCCGCCGACAAAAACAAAUUGAGUAUGGUAAGAAUACAGUGGCAUAUGAACGUUACAUAGAAAUGGUGCCGAUACGCAAACGCAAUCGUAGUCAUCCACGAACGCCGGAUAAGUAUGGCAAAUAUAGUCGUCGUACAUUCGACGGAUUGAUAAAAGUGUGGCGCAAGCAACUGCACUAUUAUGAUCCGGAGCCUGCUGCUGGCACAGCUAAUGGUGGCGCUGAUGACGACGAUGAUGACUCAGAUUAGGAUCUAUAUACUUUUAAUUGAAUUAUCUUUCAUAGCGAAAAAUGUGCAGAUAAAAAAAUUGGCAGUGUCUAUACACACUCGCCACGGUAACUUUUACCGUAGUUCCACGGUAGAAAUUACCGUCGAUUUACCGUAAAUCCGCGGAAAAAUUACCGUGGGUUUAUAGUGAUUUUCGAAGCGUGCGAAUAACUGUCUUUUUUUUAACAGUGGAUCUACGGCAAAAAUUAGUGUGGAUCCGAGGUUAUCUACAUGCUCGUUAAUAUCCUACGGUAAUUUCUACCGUGGCGCGUGUAAAUAGACACUCCCAAAAAAUUGCAUGUUUACAUGUCUUAUACAUAUUUUCUGCUUCUAGUAAAUGCCCGAUUUUUGUUAUGUAUUAGUAUUUUACCGAGUACUAUUUUUUUAUUUGUAAGCUAAAUUUAUAUUAAACUUAAGUUAUGCGAGGAAAAUAAAAAUGCGUCAUAUAAACUGCAAGGCGUGCAUUUGAUUUGAA